AUGCCAGGCAAACACGUCCACUUCGUCGACGUCCCUUCGCCGUCGACCACCAACUCGACCCUCUCCAACUCUCCGGGGCCCAUGACGCCCCCGCAGCUGUACUACUCCCCGCUGCACGGCACCAAGGUCAUGUACGCGCCCUCUUCCUCCCCGCGCCCCGCCACACACUCCGUCGCACUCCACCCCCUCCUCGCCCGCGCGCCCUCCGGCACGCCCCUCAACUGGGACCUCGCGCUCCCCGCCGAGUCCGCGCGCCCGAACGUCCCCGGCCUGCCCUCGCGCAUCACCGACAAGGUCGUGUGCGAGCCCGCGACGCACCCCGCGCUCCCGACGCUCGCCGUCGUCUGCGACUUCCUCCCCUGGACGCUCACCAUCACCCCGACGCCGCACGCGCUCUGGGCGGCGCCGUACGUGACCGUCGGCGACGUCCUCCACGCGCUCUACCGCGCGCUGCGCCUCGGCGUGUCCGACCCCGAGCUCGCCGUGCUCGAGCCCGGCCAGCAGGACCGCGUGCGCGACGCGUACGUGCGCCGCUACCGCCGCGCGCCCGCGGGCGAGCGCGAGCAGGAGAAGGCCAAGUCGAUCAAGCGCGUCGACUUCCUCCGCGACCACCGCGCGUUCCUCGGGCUCGCGCCCGUCCCCGGCGGGCUCCCCGCGAAGGGCCUCGUGCCCGGCGCGGUGUGGGCGCUGCACGUCGCGCGCUCGCCGUGA